GUGUAUAUCAGCACUACCAGUACCACUUCCUUUCACGACAUGGUGUCCUGCUGAACUGAGUGUUCGUCUUGUUAGCUAACUAGUGUGUAAACAGUCCUGCCUAAAUAAGUUUUGCGUCGACGGGAACGGGAGUAAUCUCUAAAAUUUAGAAAUACAAGAUGCCGGUGGCAGUAGGACCGUACGGACAGACCCAGCCCAACUGCUUUGACAGAGUUAAGAUGGGCUUCAUGAUGGGAUUCGCUGUAGGGAUGGCGGCAGGCGCGAUGUUUGGAACCUUCUCCUGUCUGAGGAUCGGCAUGAGGGGCAGAGAACUGAUGGGAGGAGUGGGGAAGACCAUGAUGCAAAGCGGCGGCACCUUCGGCACCUUCAUGGCCAUAGGCAUGGGUAUCCGGUGCUGAUACUGCCCGUCGCCAAACUCUUCAGCAUGAACACUUCACCACACGCCACCUCGCCAACUUGCAUACUCUCUGUACGUGAUUAUGGUUUCUGGGAGAAACUGCUCCAAUAAAGGCUCUGAUAAUUGACACAAAGUGCAAAAAAAAAAAAAAAGUCCUGGGUGUGCCACCUGGCUCUUUGCUAGGGGAUUGUUAAUGUUUCUAAUUUAAAGUUUAAGUAUAGUAUGGCUGUUCAGGAUCUGGGGUGGAUUUCAGAGAUACAAGCACGCAUCCUCCGUUUAGUGUUGGGGAUCGACUCCUGUCUUCUGGUCUUGGUGAUGCAACUCAAAGUAGCCGAGGAGAGGGGGGGGGGGGGGGUUGGGAGAAGCUAGUCCAAACCUUGUGGUGCAUCGACGUUGGUCCCGUCCAGGGGGUUGACGAUGCCUGGGUAAUCCUUCCCGAAUGACAGAUGCUUGAUAAAGUGAGUCAUGUUGAUCUGCAAAGAGACGAGAGGCAGAUCAGUUACCCUGCCGACCCCUUCGUAUGAAAGUUCAAUCAGGUAAAAGAAAAUGUGUGCACUUAGCUACUUACGUUGUCUAGACCAAAACUCUGUAGAUCAUGAACUGCAAAGGAAACGCAAGCCGUUUAGGUGAGUGUCAUUCUCAGAGCAGUCUGAUUUGUGCUUUCAGGGGUUAAAAUGAAUGCAAAUGGAACGUUUAGGCUACUUUUUGUUGACUGUGAAACAAUAUUACUGUUGAAUUUUAAAAAACGGAAACCGUGGCAUCAGCCUGAAUUCAAAUUGGAUGUAAGCGGUGCAGAGAGAAGUGAAUUCUGUGUGAAACAGCAGAAAGGGGUUUUAGUACUUUUGAUUUGUGCUCCUUCACCAAAUAAAUCUGAACUGCAGGUGAAA